AUGAUGUGCAAAAUUGCUAGUUUAGAUAUUAAAAAUAAUAGUAAUGUAGAAGAUAAAGAUCAUUGUAUUGAUACUCUUAAUAAAGCAAGAAAUGAAAUAGAAAGAAUUAUUGAUGAAGAAGAAAAAAAGAAACUGUUAAUCAUGUUUAUCAAUCAUUACAUUUAUUUCUUCCCAUUACUUGAUCAAAUCACACCUGACAAAAUUACUCAAAUAAUUAAUGAAAUAAAUGAAAAUAAAGAAUAUUUGGAUGACGCUCAAAUAACUAUUUUCACUAAUGUAAUGAAUAGUAUUACUAUUUCUGCUCAAGAAAAUACUAAGUUUGCAGGCAUUCAAAUUUAA